GAGAGCAGUUUCACAGGGCCCCCAGAGAGAGAGAGAGCAGUUUCACAGGGCCCCCAGAGAGAGAGAGAGAGAGAGCAGUUUCACAGGGCCCCCAGAGAGAGAGAGAGAGCAGUUUCACAGGGCCCCCAGAGAGAGAGAGAGAGAGCAGUUUCACAGGGCCCCCAGAGAGAGAGAGAGCAAGCAGCUUCACAGGGCCCCCAGAGAGAGAGAGCAGCUUCACAGGGCCCCCAGAGAGAGAGAGAGAGAGAGAGAGAGAGCGCAGCUUCACAGGGCCCCCAGAGAGAGAGAGAGCAGCUUCACAGGGCCCCCAGAGAGAGAGAGAGAGAGAGAGAGAGAGAGAGCGGCUUCACAGGACAGGGCCCCCAGAGAGAGACCAGCCUCACCAAGGAUAUUCUGACCAGGGCACGAGAGAGGUAGUACAUCCUAACCAGGAAGCCACCCUCACAUGGGUCCCCAGGAGACACAGAACUGUAGUCAAAUCCUCUCCUGAAACCUUGGGAGAUAGGUCACAGCCCUAAUAGUUAGAACUGAACAAUACCAGAAAGUGCCACAGAGUGUGCACUCACCUGGUUCCUCCAAAUAAAGGCUACUGGGAGUGGACUCCUAGGUUACAGAAAGAAAAGGAACUGAGGAUUUAUUUACCAGCUUCCUCUUAGAAGUGCAAGUGUCCACACACCUGGGGUCAUUGAGGGUCUAGUUACUAGGGUUUCUGAUUUAAAAGGUCUUUAUAGGUUUUCCACCAAGCUGUAAUUUGCUCACAGGGCCAUCGGAGAGAAGACUUUAUAAAAGACUUUAUGGUCCUUUAAUAAUUAAAAAAGAUAUAUCACUAUGACUCUCUAAAGUGACUAUCUAGAUAAGUGCAGUACUGGAGAAAGAAUCUUGUCGGUCCCUGAUGCCCUGGAAAUUACCUUGUACUCUGAACUAGUACUGAUUUUAUUUUAUUUUUUUCCCCACACCUAAUUUGUUUUGUUUACAUCCCAGUUUGUAAUUUGAAGACAAAAAGUCAUUCCUGCUGUACGUACAGCCACUCCAAAGCAGUUCUUGAUUUAGUAUAUUGGAACAAAAUACUAUCUUCCACCUACCUUUCCCCACCUGGUGUGUCUUAGCUGUUGUGCGUCUCUGUAGCCCACCAUGGCCCAGAAACAGAUGACAAGCUCUCAGAAGGCACUGAUGUUGGAACUGAAGUCCCUACAAGAGGAGCCAGUUGAGGGUUUCCGUAUCACACUGGUGGAUGAGAGUGACCUUUACAACUGGGAAGUGGCUAUCUUCGGACCCCCCAAUACUCUUUAUGAAGGGGGAUAUUUUAAAGCUCAUAUAAAGUUUCCCAUUGAUUAUCCAUACUCUCCGCCAACCUUCCGGUUCCUGACAAAAAUGUGGCAUCCCAAUAUAUAUGAGAAUGGAGAUGUUUGUAUUUCAAUCCUUCACCCGCCUGUAGAUGACCCACAGAGUGGCGAGCUACCUUCGGAGAGGUGGAAUCCCACCCAAAAUGUCAGGACUAUUUUACUCAGUGUAAUCUCACUACUGAAUGAACCAAACACCUUCUCUCCAGCAAACGUAGACGCAUCUGUUAUGUUUAGAAAGUGGAGAGACAGCAAAGGGAAAGAUAAAGAGUAUGCUGAAAUCAUUAGGAAGCAGGUUUCGGCUACAAAAGCAGAGGCAGAUAAAGAUGGUGUAAAGGUCCCAACUACACUGGCUGAAUACUGCAUCAAAACCAAAGUGCCUUCAAGUGAUAACAGCUCAGACUUACUUUAUGAUGACUUGUAUGAUGAUGACCUAGAUGAUGAGGAUGAGGAGGAAGAGGAUGCCGACUGCUAUGAUGAUGAUGAUUCUGGCAAUGAGGAAUCAUGACUUGGCUGGCAGCAGUCUCUUCCCUUUUCACAGCCUGAUCCUUAGAACUUCCUGCGCCCUGUCCCACAGCAUCAUCCUGCUGCCCUACUUUCCCUUGCUGACUCAGGCCGCAAAUGGAGUAGCGUUGACCUAGCAGAUGUCCUGCUCACCAAAAGGUCAUUUAGCUGGGAUUUAAAGUAAAAAAUAAAACCACAAACUUAAAACUUGUCUCCUGCAAUCCUCAAUUGUAACAUUAAGUGUCGGACUCCAUGUUUCUGGACUCUUUAUGGAGAAAGGAGGUGUGGGGAUUAAAGGAAAAAAUAAAUAAAUUAAACACUGCAAACUCACAGGAUCUUUGGAAUUAUCGUGCUGUACCCCCUUUCCUCUGGUCGAUGCAGUACUAUUUUACUUAGAUUUCAUAGAAAUCACUUCUCUUGCUGUUUCUAAAUUUUUUUUUUUUAUUUUUUUUUUUUUGACCAUUGGAAAAAAGGCCUCAAAAUUUAAAAUUGAACUGGAAAAGUCUUAGCUGUUGUGGUGUGCUUAUGUUUUAGUUUUUUUGUUUUGUUUUUUCUUUUCCUCCGCCUUCUGUUCUGAGAAGUGAUUCAGCACCACACAAGCAAGACAAACUACUGACUGAGAAGUGUUGAGAUCUUGCCAAGGCUUACCGUCUAUAAGUUUCUACCUUUUUACGUUUACCUCAGCCAGUCUCCCAGGGCCUCAAUCAGAGGAGAAAUUGUAGACGUCCUGCCCACCUCUGACACAAUUAGCCACAUGGGCACCUGCGUCUGUGUCGCCAUGUGUGCUGAUGACAUUAUAAAGGAUAUAAACCUAUAUAAUCCUAUUAAAAAAAAAGAAAAAAAAAAAAAGAAUUACAACAGAGAUGUGUUUUGAUGUUUGCCUCAUUUUGACAGCUUUUAUUGCUACAUCCCUUUAUUUUAGAAUAGGUCACCCAAAUGAUUGUGUUCAAACACUGUGUGCAAGAGGUCACGGCUUGGCUUUGCAAAUGUUUUGUUUGUUCAUUGUCUUUUCCUUUUUUCUUUUAAAUUUUUUUUUUUUUCCUUUUUUAAAUAUUUAGUUUUGCGUUCUAGCACCGAUGGCUGCAAAAGGGUAUUCCAGCAGUAAUAGGGCUUUGUGAUAUCUUUGUAUGUGGGUGUCUAUCACUGUUGUAAAGCAGAAGGGGACAAAUAAAGAUGUGAAAUCCAAAA